AUGGUGGCAGAAGGUAUUGCUGUAAGUGGCUUAGACGAAGAAGAAAGCGAUCAGGAUUCGAUUGUAGUUGAUGGUGAAGAAGAAGACGACGAAAUGGAAGAAAGCGACGACAUUGAGAGCAAGGAUUUUGACCAGGAAGUGGAUGCUAGUGACUGCAUUGUUUAUCAAAUUAGAAGCACACUUCGAUCAAGCCAAAUGUCAAGCCACGAAGCCAGAAAGAUAGCAAAGAAACGUAAGGCCAAGUCGGGACGUAGCGAGCGCUGGAAUCGCCGUCGAAAGAUUGCAAAUGUGAUGAAAGAAGCAGAUUUGGAUGAAGGUACACGAAAAGCUCGUGAGGCAGAAGCAAAGCGAGCGCAGCGAAUUGAUGCAAUUUUGGGAAAAUUUUCAGCCUUGUCAGACGAUCAACUUUUGGUGCCGGAUAAGAAGGAAAAGAAAAAGUUAUGUCUAAAUCCUACAGCAGGUGAAAUGCCAACAGGUGAAGAAGGGCACGAAAAUGCUCCAAUUUAUGUGUACAAUGAUCUUGUCGAUAAACUCAAGCCUCACCAGGUUGACGGUGUGAGAUUUUUGUGGGCUCAUGUUGCAGUGGAACCGGUUGGUUUUGGGUGUGUGCUGGCAGAUUUUAUGGGUCUGGGUAAGACAUUGCAAGUAAUAACAACGGCACAGGCGUUUUUGUCGAAGAAUACGUUGGAUGAGAAUGGUCAAUUGAAGCAGAGACAUAAGCACGUGCUCAUCCUUGCCCCGACAAUUUGUGUCCGAAAUUGGGAAGCUGAGAUCGUCAAGUGGCUCGGCAAAAAGGAAGCCCGACGCCUAGGACUAUUUACGCUGGAGUCAAGCCGAGAAAAGAAAAUGAGUGAUCGCGUGUUUGUUGUCAAAAAAUGGUAUAAGCGCGGUGGAAUUUUAAUCAUGGGCUACGAGCUCUAUCGCCUUUUGGUAUUGCAGUCUAGCGGUGAGGAAAAGAUUGCCGCGGGAAACCAGAAGUACGCACAUUUGAUAAAACAGGUAUACUCAUGUUUAAGCAAUCCGGGACCCGAUCUUAUUGUUUUGGAUGAAGGCCAUCGUGUUCGUAAUCACAAGUCAAAAAUGGUGAAAGCCUUGGCUCACGUUAAAACAACGCGACGCAUUAUUUUGACGGGAUACCCACUCCAGAAUCACUUGGAGGAAUACUGGACAAUGGUAAAUUUUGCUCGACCGGACUAUCUUGGUUCCUUGGAUGAAUUUAAAAACCGAUAUGUAGCCCCAAUCACAAACGGACAAUGCAUUGAUAGCUCCGAAGCUGAUUUGCGUCUGGCCCGGCACCGCGCCUUUGUUUUAACGCGCGAGCUGAGGCCUUUGGUACUGCGUCGUGAUCAACAAUAUCUUUUUAAACAGCUACCACCUAAGAAGGAAUAUGUGUUGAUGUGCAAAUUAACUGACGCACAAGCACAGUUGUACCGUGAAUUUCUAAAACAUGGUGUUCCAACUCGUGGUGACUCAGAUCAGGUGGACGUCCUUGGUGGCUACCAUAUUGCACUAGCUAUCUCGAACCACCCCGACGUCAUAUGUGAAACGUACAAGAAGCUUGAGAAAGAGGAGCAUAACGGAGCUUGUCGGAAAUCAAAACGUCAUGGCGUCUUGGACAUUUUUGGGAUUGAAGAUGGCGGAAACGAUUUUGAUCCAUACAAUAGUGGCCCGAGUCACGUUGCUACCAGGUCCAGUACAUCUGAAACUUUUUUACUAGCGAAGUCGCACGGUCUGCGCGACAUCGACGCCGACAUUAAUGCCAAUGAAGUUGAAGACGGUGAGUCCGCGCUUCCUAUUACGGUAAAGUUGGGUAGCACGGCUGUGCCAAAGCCCAAGCGGACACCUGCUGCGAGAUGUCAUCGUUUGAAAUUUGCUCGGCAUUUUAUGGAAGAUUAUGUCCCGAAUCAGCUUGAAUCGAGUGGCAAGAUGAUGAUUCUUAUGGAACUUUUGUCAGUGUGUCAGAGCGUCGGCGACCGUGUGAUCAUAUUUUCGCAGAGCAUUCCUACACUGGAUUCUAUUGGAGCAGCAAUUUCUAAGCACAACAGGCAUCAACGCCGCCACGCAAAACGCUUUAGUUUUUUGCGUAUUGACGGAAGUACGACCCAGUCAGACAGAUUUCGUCAAAUCGCUCAGUUUAACGACCUUGCAGAGGACGUUGAUCUAAUAAUGAUAUCGACGAAAGCAGGCGGCGAAGGAAUCAACCUUUGCGCUGGCAACCGAGUUAUCAUUUUUGAUGUGUGCUGGAACCCAUGCAACGAUGCCCAGUCUAUGUGCCGAUCAUACCGUUUCGGUCAGACAAAACCCGUGUUUGUAUAUCGGUUUGUGACGGUGGGGACGAUGGAAAAGAAGGUAUACGACUUGCAAAUUCGUAAAGAAGGCGUUGCUAAACGUAUAGUGGAUGAGAAGACGACCGAGAGAAAGUUCAUGUCAUCUGAGCUGCAAAAGUAUUUUAGCAUUGAGGACUUUGAAGAUUCUUUGUUGUAUGCGCAAGGCAAGGCAGCAGACGAUGAAGAAGCGACUAUUCAAGCAAUACCCCAUGAAGAUUCUGUGCUUAUGAAUAUUUUGACAGAAAUGAGGGACAGAGCUACGAAUGCCGGUUGCACCAAUGAAAAUGGAGAAUUUAGUGCUGCUGGAGUGUUGGCUAACAAGAGAUGUAUUAUUGAUUGCUUUGAGCAAGAAACGAUGUUUGAAGAAGAUUUGGACCAACAGUGUACACCAGCUGAGCAGAAGGAAAUUUUGGAGAGCUAUACUUACUACAAAGCGGUGCGGACACUGCGUAGUGGAGGAACUCACCUCAUCAGCCGUGAGGGUGUGCUGAUGAAGAAUUGUGACUCUUGUCGAGCACCAAACGAAAUUUACCCGACAUCCAUUACUAACGUUCCCGUGCCCUCAAUAAUUGAAUGCAUUUAUUGCAAGCACUCUAUGGCAACUGUUGGUGCAGUCCCUCUGUCGCAAAUUCCUGUCGUUGCGCAUUCGUUUAUGGGACGUAUUUCUUGGGUCCCGACUAUUGCACAAGGGAAUCAAUUGUCUACAACAGCGCCUUUAUCUGCUGCAGCCACGUUGUCCCUUCCAUUCGCACCAACUGCUAUUGGUGCUGCUCCGAGUGUAAGCGCUCAGACUGGUGGUCGCAUUUUGCCUCCUCACAUGCAGGUUCUGUUUGAUCAGCAAAAGGCAGGAAACAAGAUUACGGAGGAACAACGGGCUCAGCUUUUUCAUCAUCAAAGGGCGGAGGAGAACCGACUACUGUUUGAGUGCAAUCAAGAUAAGAUUGCGGCAGCGGUGCGAAAGCAGGAGCGAGCAACGAUGAGACUUAGAGACAGGCAUCUACUUAUCCUUCGGCGAGGCAUAAAGGGAUGUCAAGAUCUUAAGCGGAAGGCUAAGGAGUGUGGUGCUUCCUUGGCGAUCGAGGUCAAUUCACAACUGACGGAUAUUGUAAGUGCGAUGAGCCCAGCAGAAACACUUAAGUGGCUAAAGCUGAGCAAGCUUCCUGGAGAUGUAGAACUUCACGAUGACACGUGGCUGCGGAAUGAAAUUGCUAAAGAGCAAGGUUUGUCACUCAUUGCAGCAGAGCCUAGCUCGAAUCUGAGCUCAAAACAACAAAUAGCUAAAACAGCUGCACCUGCUGUUGACUCCCGGGCCGCAAUCGCUACAUCUUCCGCUUCUGAUUUUACACCGGCUUAUGACCGAAGUCCACAGACAACGCCAGACAGCAGCAGUGAAUACAUCGAACUUUUGGAUUCGGAUGAUGAGGGCGUUCCGAUGGUAAGUGCCAGCAACGGAACAGUGUCAAGUGGCAGUAGUAGUGCCGACAAGGGUACCGUUGAUAAUGCAACCGAUGUCAUCGAGAUUUUAUAG